UACAUAUAAAAAUUAUUUAAAACAAAAUUUUCGUUUCCCAACCAUGAAUAACGAUGUCGAGUACGAGUACAAUCGGAAGAAAAAAGUUAGGGAUCGCAAGGAAACGCAGCUACGCAAAGACGCCCUAACGGAGGGCAUUGUCGGUUUAGUUGGAAUUGCGGGCGUGACGGCGAUUGCGAUUGGCUUAAUAUCGUCACGUGGCAGAGCCGGCCUGAAGUCAGCCGCUGCGAAGCUGCGGUACAAAAUUGCUAAUUUUGUGGGCGGCCCGCCAGCCGCACCCAAGCUAGUUUUGGUGACUGAAAAGCCGCAAGUGCGACGAGCUCCUGCAACGCAGCGGCCACCAACAGCAUUCGAAAAGAUUGACCUACGAAAGCUGGAUAAGGAGGCUGCAUAUGUUAAAAAGGCCGGGACAGCGUGUGCUACCGCCGAACUAACGUCAUUGACAUUAACUGAUAAAUACGACAAUAUUAAUACAACGGCAGCCAGAACAUUUGAUCGACAAGCUGAAUCAGAAGAGUUGACUGGAAACGAAGCAGACGCUCAAAAAGCCGCCGAUUCGAUACUAGCCCGUUACUUGUACGCAUCAGUGGGGCAGUAUCCGAGGCAUCCCAUCGAGUGGUCAACAGGUGCCAAAGCUAAGCGAACCGGAUUGCGGGUCGGCAGUAUUGUGACUGAAGCCAAUACUGAAGCAGAGCAACUCUCGGUAAUUGGAACAAGUACCAGUACCAGUACACAUUCAGCCGCUACAAACGUUGUAAAUACAGUUAACAAAUCAGACUUGACUCGAUUGAAAAUAUAUAGAAAUUUGGGACAAUUUGCUGAGACACAGCGACCAAAAGUGACGCCUGGAACAUCGCAAGUAGCAGUGCCUGAAGCAGUGGAAGUAACAAAAACAGAAAAGGCAGAUCUAACAGCAGGACCUGAGGACAUAACUGUCACAACUGGAAUAACAGCCACUGGACGAGAGGACAUAACAGCAGACAUAACAGCCGCUGCCACUGGUAAAGAAAGCUUUACAUUAAUAGCAGGCGAAGCUGUCAAGCGUUCAUUAACAGACAAAGAGAAGCAGCCACUGACCAACACGAGCAAGAACGAUACCGAUCGUUUGAUGAUGACGAAACCCAGUAAACAGCAAUAACAAGAGAAGAGAGAGAGCAACAGGCAGCAGUAGCAGUAGCAGAGUAAGAGCAGUGUCAUGACGCCAACGCCACCAGAGACGGUGUCAGACAGGAAGAGCCACAACAGCGAAGAGAAACCACCGCGCGAAUCAUGGAUCCCGGGCAGGGGGUCAAUGCGGUCCACUAAAAAAGAUGUUGAUCCAACGAAACCACCAACACCGCUGCUCCCCCCGCCAAACGAAGAGAAAUCCACGCAUAGAGAGCCAAAGCGUGCCAACAAGAGCGAUGUUGAGCAACCGCCGUCAACGCCAACAACACGGCCACGCGUCGGCUCCAGCCGAGUGGGCAGCUCCGUACUGAUAAUGACCCCCGACGAUCUGCUCGAGGCAUACGAGCAGGCGGUGCUGGAGGCCGAGGCUGAGGAGGAGAGCGAGCAGAACGAAAACGAGCGUCGCGAAUUACAGCGACGCGGCGGCAGUGGGAGAAAGCUCAGUCCACUCUCAACGUUCGUAGCAGUGCGUGACGGCCUGCUAUUCAUAGUCGGUAAAAUCUUAAGAUUCGUACGGCGCCUCGACAUGCAUGGAGGCGGUACCGGGAACAACAUCAACUUUGUUGAGGGGCUCAUCGACUUCCUCGCGGGCUCUUUGGGUGGGGCAGCACAGGUGUAUGUCUCGCAGCCGCUGGACACGGUCAAAGUGAAGAUGCAGACCUUUCCGGAAGCCUAUCGGGGCAUGUUCGACUGUUUCGUGAGCACGUAUCGAAAGGAUGGUAUAUUCCGGGGCCUCUAUGCGGGCUCCCUGCCCGCCGUUGUCGCCAAUGUGGCCGAGAAUUCGGUGCUCUUUGCCGCCUACGGUGGAUGCCAGAAGUUUGUCGCUUUCAUGGUCAACAAGGAGACAACCAGCCAGCUGACGGUCACCCAAAAUGCCUGUGCCGGCUCCCUGGCCGCCUGCUUCUCCACGCUCACCCUCUGUCCCACGGAGCUGAUCAAAUGCAAGCUCCAGGCCCUGCGCGAAAUGAAGCACUUCAUCGAUCCCAGUCAUCCGCAGGAUAUUCGUACGCCCUGGUCCCUCACGCGGUACAUUUGGCGCACAGAAGGCUUGCGCGGAUUCUAUCGCGGCUUGAGCUCGACAUUCAUGCGUGAGAUGCCCGGCUAUUUCUUCUUCUUUGGCAGCUACGAGGGCACCAGAGAAUUUCUGCGCAGGAACAAUCAAACCAAAGAUGAAAUCGGAGCAUUGCGCACCAUGGUGGCCGGCGCCAUUGGCGGCGUCUGUCUGUGGACCUCCACGUUUCCCGCCGAUGUGAUCAAGAGCCGCAUCCAGGUGAAGAACCUCAAUGCCAGCAUGUACGCUGUCGGUCGUGAGAUUGUACAACGCGAGGGCGUCCUGGCACUCUAUCGCGGCCUGCUGCCAUCCGUUCUCCGCACCAUACCGGCCACGGCCACACUCUUUGUCGUCUACGAGUACACCAAGCGAGCACUUCAUGGCACCCUCUAGCGACACAUGGGGCCGCGGGCGGUCGCUGUCAUCGUCGUCGUUCUCGUUAUCGGUCAACAACUAUGCCAUAAUUCUUUCGCGCAUAUUUUUUUUUUUUUCGUUUAGUUAGAUAAUUUUUUAGGUAUUAGUGGCCUGUGUCUGUGUACAUUAUUCAGAUAUCAUAUGACUGACUAUAUAUCCAUGCUGUUUGCAAUCGAUGUUGAUUUUCUGAUGUUUGGAUUGGCUUCUGUGAUCCUGAUCUUAGAUCCCGGCCGCCUGGCGCAGUCGUCGCUUGAGAAAGUCCUGACGAUCUGCGGAUGUUUCCAGCUCACGCCAUUCGUGCCAAUAGAUCUACCGGAAAGCCAAUGGGUAUUAUAUGGUAUAUGUAGUUUAAGCGAAAAAAGAUGUACAAUAGAUGCGUAUAUAAAAAAAAUAUA